AGUAAUGGGAAAACACACACCACAAUAUCUCCCAAAUAUACUACACAAUUCACAUUGAAUCCAGAGAAUACAACUACAAAGUCAGCAGAGAGUACAAUGCAAUCCAGAACCAAUGAGAAUCCCGAGCAUGUGCACGCCUCCUCUAGCCUCCGUCGAAGCUCUACUCUAGAGAUCACUUCCCCAACACUCAGCACAACAGCAUCCAUCACCAGCACCAAGUCUGAGUCGACCUCUACCUCUGCAACUCUGGCCACAUCCACCGUUGAGUCCACCACUGUGUCCACCACGACCAGGACUGAAGGCACCACCUCGGCUGUGGAGUCCACAUCUGUGCCUGAGUCUACGACUUCAGCUUCUUCUGUUCUGACAGAGACGUCUCCACUUGUGACAACCUCCACAAUGUUGUCGAGCACAGCAGAAAGCUCCAGCCUGAGGACUUCAGCCACCACUCCCAUCCAAUCUAGCCCUGCUGCAAUAUCCCCUGUUGACUUAAUUCCGGUCCCAGUAACAGAGAUAAGAGCGGCAACCACCACUGUCCUCGCACAAACAUCAUCCUCUACUCCUGGGACAAGCCCAACUUCUGCCAUGACCUCUUCUCUUCCUCUGAGCUCUACUCCAGAGAUCACUUCCCCAACACUCAGCACAACUGCACCCAUCACCAGCACCAGGUUUGAGUCGACCUCAACUUUUGCAACUCUGGCCACAUCCACCAUUGAGUCCACCACUGUGUCCACCACGACCAGGACUGAAGGCACCACCUCGGCUGUGGAGUCCACAUCUGUGCCUGAGUCUACGACUUCAGCUUCUUCUGUUCUGACAGAGACGUCUCCACUUGUGACAACCUCCACAAUGUUGUCGAGCACAGCAGAAAGCUCCAGCCUGAGGACUUCAGCCACCACUCCCAUCCAAUCCAGCCCUGCUGAAACAUCCACUCUUAGCCAGGUGACCACUGAAGCAUCAGAAACAACCGCGACCACCACUGUCCUCGCACAAACAUCAUCCUCUACUCCUGGGACAAGCCCAACUUCUGCCAUGACCUCUUCUCUUCCUCUGAGCUCUACUCCAGAGAUCACUUCCCCAACACUCAGCACAACUGCACCCAUCACCAGCACCAGGUUUGAGACAGCCUCUACUUCUGCUGCCCGCGAAACCUCCAGCAUUGUGUCCACCACCACCAACCUCUUCAGUUUGGCCGGAGACCUUUCCACUUUCGACAAGCUCUACAGUUUUUUCCAGAACAGAAAUUUCGAGCACAUCACCUUCACUCCCACCCACCUACCAACAACGACAGCUGCUGCCCUUGAGCGUUUCACCGUCAACUUCACCAUCACCAACCUUCCCUACACUUCCGACCUGGAGAAUCCUGACUCGGCCAAGUUCAAAGCUACUCAAAGGGUUAUGAACACCUUGCUGGACCGCCUGCUGAAGGAAAGCAGCAUUGGCCCUGUUUUCCAAGGAUGUGAGACAACAGACUUCAGGCCAGGCAGCCACAGGGACGAGACGCGGGUGGACGCCGUGUGCAGCUACAGCAAGGAGGCCUCGGCUGCACCUUUGGACAGGGUGGGGCUGUACCACCAAGUGAGCAACAAGACCAGAGGCAUCACCCAGCUGGGCCCCUACAGCCUGGACAAGGACAGCCUCUUCGUCAACGGAUACAACGAGCAGCCAGUGCUGACCACUCCCACCCACCCACCAACAACGACAGCUGCUGCCUUUGAGCGUUUCACCGUCAACUUCACCAUCACCAACCUUCCCUACACUUCCGACCUGGAGAAUCCUGAAUCGGCCAAGUUCAGAGCUACUCGAAGGGUUAUGAACACAUUGCUGGACCGCCUGCUGAAGGACAGCAGCAUUGGCCCUGUUUUCCAAGGAUGUGAGACAACAGAUUUCAGGCCAGGCAGCCACAGGGACGAGACCCAGGUGGACGCCGUAUGCAGCUACAGCAAGGAGGCCUCGGCUGUGCCUUUGGACAGGGUGGGGCUGUACCACCAAGUGAGCAACAAGACCAGAGGCAUCACCCAGCUGGGCCCCUACAGCCUGGACAAGGACAGCCUCUAUGUCAACGGAUACAACGAGCAGCCAGUGCUAACCAGUGACUCCCACCCACCCACCAACAACGACAGCUACUGCCUUUGA